UCACGGAAAACUGGCAUAGUGGACACCCUCCUUAAUAUAUAUAAAUUUUCGGUUAAUUUGAGGACAAAAUUUUCAUUAAAUAAUUUUUUUUAAAAACUAUUUUAACCCAAAUAUAUUCAAUUAAAACCCAAUCAUGCUCAAAUGAUGCCCAAAUGCUGUGAUUUUUGUCAGAACUUUAUCUCAAAGUUUAAGGUGCCCAUCGGGCAUCGAGUCAGCAGAGUUAAGUCAAACCAGGCCAUAUGCAACAAUUAAUUAAUAAGAAAAGUAAAACUUUUUCUUUCGUUACAAUUUACUUUUAUUUUCGAAUGAUAGCUCAUUCUCAUAAGUUGUCAGCUGACCAUGACAGGCAUCGAGGUUUUUAUCAUAGCUAAAUUACCGCCAUCUUGGAGAUUUGCAAGCGGAGGUUUUGCAAUACAACCAAAAAUAUAGUCCAAUCCAAUUCAAAGUGUAGUUGUGUAUUUAUGAAUAAAUUCUAUUUGCAGUGCAUGGAUUGAACAAGUAUUUGAAUAUUACUUUCAAUUUACAAAAAUUGACGUGUAAAAGUGUUGUGUUUCAAUAAUAAUAUUUCAAACUCAUUUCACAAAAGCAUAACUGUUUUGGUUGAUUCCUCAAUAUCUCAUAUAAAUGAAUUUUGUGUCAACAAGUCAGCUUGUCAUUACAUAUCAAAAGAUAUUACAAAUAAUAGUGGAUUUAAUAGAGCAGUAAUGAUUUAUAAUAACGUCAUUGACAAAGUUAGUAUCUAGCUUUCAUUUAAGACUAUGACUAUGAUUGGUAUAAUAAUCUUGGCAUAUAUACAGGAUAUCAGAGUUAUUCAUAUAACGUUUCGUACUAAAAAGAUUGGAAUAAAGUACUUGUCUUCUUUCAUUCGAUAAAAAAUGGAAAUAAGAAUAUCGUUUUUAAAAUGGAAUUAAAAGUGAAUGCUGCUUGCAAAGAAUUCACUUUAGUUUUUUUGAGUGCUAUUGAGAGAUUUUCGACUAACUGUUUGAGUGCUAUAAAUAAUUUAUCAUCCAAGUAAGCAAAAAAGAAAAAACGGAGCAUACCUAACCUCUGUGACAUUUGUGAUUGCGGAAAUGUGAGUAAACUUUACCGACUGAGAAAUUUUAACAUGUAAACAAUUUAACGAUAACUUUCAAAGAUUCGCUGGAAGUAAUUUGAAUUAUAUGGAAAUAAUGUGCACAAAAAAUGUCUGAAAGCUCCGAAAAUAAAAAUUCUGAUUCAAUGGAUAUUGUUCCAGAAUCGGAUAUUACAAAAACCACUGUCGCAAAAAAAAUUAAUGACAUUUCAAAGACAAAUUUGGUAAACUUGGUCAUUCCUCAUAAACAUUCGAAGAUUACUGUCGAGACUAAGAACAUACCUAAGAUUUCAGAGAAUCUUGACAAAGAAUCUAGCGAUGGUAAAGAUAUGAACAUCACUUGUGAAAAACAGGCGAUAAAUGUACGUGAAAAUUUGGUAGAAAAAUGUAAAAAAGUUUGUAAAAAGUCGAUUGAGUCGAUCACAAAUGAAAAAAAAAAGAUUAUCGAACAACAAGUUGGUAUUGUUCAACCUGAAGCAACAACUCAAGAAAUUUUUAAUGAUGAGCAGUUACCAGAUGUCGUAUCAAAAGAUAUGAAAAAUUCACAAGUUGUCGAUUGGAAUUCGCAAUGUUCUCUACUUAAUAACAAUUCUAAUAAAAAGCUGAGUCCAGCAGUUGGAAGAGGAAUAAUUGCUUUACACUCGACUAGAAAAGAUCACAGGAUUAUAAAGAACAUCAUAAAACGGAGUAUAAAAUGUGUGCUGUGGCAACGUGCCGCAACAGUCAUCGUCGCACUCGUGGUCGUCGUAUUCGCUACCAUCGAUUUCCUCAGAUACCGGAAGUGCGUAUGAGAUGGGUACGAGCUUGUGGUCGUCCUCCUCUAGCGAAUGGUGAUAUUCCAUUUAAUAUUCAAACUGCUAGAAUUUGUUCAUUGCAUUUUACAAAUGACUCAUAUGAGAAGGACAUGGAGCAUCUUGUGCUUGGUCUUCCGGUGCGCAGUAGACUGCGCAGGGGGGCAGUACCGACAAUUGGGGUUCCGGUUAAUGUUCAACCGGUCACUAAGAUGCUUGUUGAAGACGCGAAAAGGUCGAUUCUCAAGGUUGCACAUGCUAAAAUUAUAUCGGGUGAAAGAAAGUUGAUGGAUAUAGCAAAUGAAGAAAAACGUUUUUACCAAAAAUGUGAGGAUGAAGAGAUGGAUGAUAUGUAUCAAUACAAAAGUACUUUUAGGCAAAAUGAUGAACCAAAAAUUGGUGGAAUCGAUGUAUUACUUGCACUUGGUUUAAAGCCAGCAUCACGUUUAAACAAAAUGCAAUCGACAGACUGUGCCACAACAAGUUACUCUAACAAUAAUGGAACUAAUUCAACAACAGAGAAAACCGAGGAUCAAACAAAAGACUCUACUGCAAUACCUCAAACCCGGCAAAAUGGUAACACACUUGCAGAAGGAAAUCCAAUGCUAACUGAGUCAACAAACAUAAAAAAAGAAAGCCCUAUUACUGAUGAAGACGAAGAUUCAUCAAACAAAAAACGGUCUGUUAUUGAUAGUCGAAAACGCCAAUCUACUGAAGACACGUCUAAUGGAAAUUUUAAAAGAAUAUGUUUUGAGCAGAGAGAGAGAUAUAUCGAUUCACUCAUUGGCUGUGAACGAGUUACAACAGCCGAAGAAUUAGAGUGUCGAGCUGAAGAAUUGAUUGCUGAAGUAAAGGCCUUAGAUGAGCUUGCUCGAGCCAAAGAAAUGGAAUGGAAUGAGAUUUUAAGUAUGAGAAAAUUAAAAGAAGAAGCUUACCUACGUUUAGAACGACGGCGACAAGUAAUGGGAUAUUUAGAAGGUAAUAAUGGUCAACGUUCUGACAAUUUGCCAGCAGCAUCACUUACUUUAGUCUCGGAAUGGGAAGAAAAUAGAAAUAAUCAAUUAUCAUUUUACCAAGAACGUCAAGGCAUGCAAGUAACAACUAAAAAUUGUCAAGGUGAAAGAAUAACAUCAAAAUCUCGUUUAGAAAUAAAAGAUAAUAGUAGCCAACAAAAAGACAUUGCUAAAAAACAAAAGUCAUUCGAAGUAAAUCAAAAUUCAAAAAAUAUUAUAAGUUCAUUAAGUGAUAAUUGCCGUAUUAUUGAGGAUACUCGUCGAUGUGGUAGAACUCGUCCAGUAAUAGGUCCAGGAACAACAACAACAACAACAACAACAACAACAACAACAACAACAGUAUUGACACCAUCGACCACGAUAAUAGAACCUUUACAGUCAUUAUUGUCGACAUCAUUAACUCCAUCAUCAUCAACAACAAAUUUAGAGAUUAAUGUAGAUGGUAGACAUAUUGGUGAAGGCCGUCAAGGUCCAAUUGUUGAUGUUCGGUCAAUAAUUGCUGAUCAUCGACUGCGUAAUCCUGACAACGUUCCACGUCGAGGACGGAGAAUGCGAAAUUCUGUAAAUAUUGGUUUAAGUGCUGGUGGUGCAAUGGUCGAAACUAGUCAUGGUGAUUCCAGACCCUCAAGUACAGAUUCAUGUAAAUCAAAUUUAACAAACUCUGAAGCAGUAAGUUUCAAAGAUGUUCUUGUGCAGUUUGCUAAGUUGAGCCAGCAACAAGGUGAGCCUGUAAAAACACCACAAAAUUAUCCGGAUGUUACUUUGCAUCCUGUGACACCAUCUCCAAUUUCCGUAAAUCCUGUUGUGAAUUCUGGACAGAGUGGAUCACUUCUUCAUGGGAUUCUUACUAAAAAUCAAAGUCCAGGACCAACAAAUUUUUCUCCAACUCUUGCGAAACUUCUUACAGCACCGGAGAGGGAGCGAGGAAACACUGACGGUGGAAGCAGCAACAGUUGCACUAGUGCUACAUUGUCUGGUGGUCAAUUAGAACAAGUACAAGUAUCACAGAAUUUAUUGCAAGCAUAUCAAAACAGCAAUGCUGUUUCAAUAACUGAUCUUUUAAGUUCCUCGAAAACAAGAACAGAAAUUACUAUCACUCCAGUAAAUUCUACAGCACAACCGUCCGUACAUUCAAACAGUUUACUUCGCGUAGAUGAUGUUGAUGAAGAACAUUUGCUAACAGAUAGUAGGGAUUCUAGGCGAUCAUGUUCUAGCGCUAGAGAUCACAGAGACGACCGAGAUACUCCACCUCGUUGUCAAGGUUGCCAUGACCGUGCAGCACAGUUUGUUUGUGCUGGAUGUGGGAAUCAGUGGUACUGCAGUCGCGAGUGUCAGGUUACUGCCUGGGAUGAACACUCGGAAGUCUGUUCUGGCUAGCAUUAAAGUUGAAUGUUAUCAUAUCUGAUUAAUCUAGUCAAAAAAAAGAAUGGCUACAAAUUUUGGAAAUAUCUCAACUGAAAAAUGCAAAAUAUUUGUCGAUAUUUUAGUGAACAUUUCCAAAAAGCCGAGGGCACAAAUUUUCUUGAAUGUUUGUGUAACGAUUGAUUUAUACUUAUUUCAUAUGAAAACUGAUAUCAUAUACUUAUAAUAAGUAUAAUAUUAUUUAUAAUAAUAUAUUUAUUAUUACAUUGAUACCAUGAAAUUAAA